AUGGCCUUUGCGCCCGUGGGGCCUGAGGCCUCGUUCUUCGCGGCUGUGGACCAGCACAGGGCUUCCCUGCUGGCCGCCCUGCGGGGCGGCGGCGCCGAGCGGGCGGGCGGGGGUCCGCGACCGGCCUCCAGUUCUCAGGUUCUUGCAUCAAUAGAAAAUGUUAUCCGAGACAUAAUCACAAGCUUGGCAAGAAAUGAAGCUCCUGCAAUCACCAUCGACGACAGGUCCAGCUGGGAAAAUAUGAAGUUUGAAGAUUCUGUGGGUCUUCAGAUGGUUUCUCCUUGUACCACAAGAAAAAUCAAAAGCGAUUCUCCAAAGUCAGUUAAAAAUUUUGCGCUAAUUCUUAAAAUAUUGUCCAUGAUUUACAAAUUAGUGCAGAGCAACACUUACACAACCAAGAGAGACAUAUAUUACACUGACAGCCAGCUGUUUGGUAACCAGACUGUUGUGGACAGUAUUAUCACCGACGUUUCUUGUAUGUUAAAAGUGCCGAGGAGGAGUCUGCAUAUAUUAUCUACUUCAAAAGGUUUAAUUGCUGGCAAUUUAAGGUAUAUGGAGGAAGAUGGCACCAAAGUGUAUUGCAGCUGUACAACAGCUGUUGCUGUACCAUCUAAUAUCCAAGGAAUUUGGAAUUUAAUCACAGAUGCGAAAUUUCUAUUAAUCGUGGAAAAAGAUGCGACAUUUCAGCGACUCCUGGACGACAACUUCUGCAGCAGGAUGUCUCCGUGCGUCAUCGUCACGGGAAAGGGAGUACCUGAUCUGAACACAAGACUUCUAGUCAAGAAGCUGUGGGAUGUGUUUCACGUUCCUAUUUUCACUCUGGUAGACGCUGAUCCACAUGGCAUAGAAAUAAUGUGUAUUUAUAAGUAUGGAUCUAUGUCCAUGUCUUUUGAAGCCCAUAAUCUCACAGUUCCGGCUAUUAGAUGGCUUGGGCUCCUCCCUUCUGACAUUAAAAGAUUAAACAUACCUAAAGAUGCUUUAAUUCCAUUGACAAAACGGGACCAAAUGAAACUUGACAGUAUCCUGAAAAGACCUUAUGUCACUUGCCAACCAUUUUGGAGAAGAGAAAUGGAAAUCAUGGCCGACUCUAAAAUGAAGGCAGAAAUUCAAGCUUUGACCUUCCUAUCAUCAGAUUAUCUUUCCAGGGUGUACUUACCUAACAAAUUAAAAUUUGGAGGAUGGAUAUAA